AUGCAUCUCAAAAGCCUGGCUUUCGCCCUCGCGGCCGUGAUCUCGACGGCCACCGCAUACCCCAUCACGGGCGACAACGUCAACUGCCGCGCCGAACCCACCACCAAAUCCGACGUUGUCGAAGUCUACGCAAAGGGCACCGACGUCAAACUCGAAUGCCAGACCCACGGCGAAACCGUUCUCGGCACCUCGCUCUGGUCGAAGACCACCGACGGCUGCUACGUCACUGACUACUACGUCAAGACGGGCUCGACGGGGAUGGUCACGGAUGACUGCAACGGUGGUGGAUCUGGCGAUUCCUCAUACAACGGCGAAAUCUCCCGCGAGGAAAUCCUCUCCCGUGGACAGUACUGGGUCGACCGCAAGGUUCCCUACUCGAUGAGCAAGACAUACCCGGAUCAACAGGGCCGAAAGUAUCGAACUGACUGCUCUGGUUUCGUCUCGAUGGCGCUGCAUGCGUCGUCGCCCGGUUUCAGCACCGUCAGUAUGACUGAAAUCGCAAAGUCCAUCUCCUGGGACGAUAUCAAGCCUGGUGAUUUUGUGGGCACGUUGGGCUCGGGCACAGGUGGUGCGGCUGGUCACGUCACGCUGUUCCAUUCGUGGGCUGGAAGCGACAAGAAGGAGUACAACACGCUUGAGUGCCGCGGUACCUAUGGGUGUGUCAAGUAUAAGCGCCCUGUUGGGUGGAAGGUUGGCAGCUACACGGCCAAGCCUUAUCGGUACAUCCGCGUCAAGGACUAA